AUGGCGUCAUUCGUGUCGAACAGGGUGAAGAAACUUCCAUACAACGGUCAUCGAAGUGAAACUUGCUUCCAAACAGCGACAUCGGAUCAGUUAUUGAAUAAACGUGUGUGUCAAAAACAUUUUGACAAAUACCAACUGGAUGGGGAGGGUAAUCGUCUCAGACAUGGUUAUCCAUGUUUGUUUUCUACUGAAGAAGUCGAGCAUGGGGUGCCUCUAUCUGGUGAUCAUUAUGAUCAUAGUUACAGUAAAAAGGAGGACUUUGCUGAAAAGGAGGACGUUGCUGAAAAUUUAGUUGUGACCCAAGAACAUCCAGAUGAUCAUUCUUAUUCAAGAACAGCAGAUAUAUAUGCAGAUCCUCCUGCGCCUUCACUUGUAAAUACUGAUAUCACUACAGCCAAUGUCUUUGAAACGAAUGAAAUACAAUCUACAAGCAAGUGUGAACAGUCAUCACAUCUUAAUAAUAUACAAAUUGACUCUUUGGAAUCUCAAGAUGUGAUUCGCAAUGUGGAGCAAAGUCAAUCAAUAACUAAGUCACCAAAAAUAAUUGGUGUUAGGGGAAGAGGUAAUAAAUUUUCCUCAAACACCCGGUGCUUUAUAAAAAAAAUCAGAAAAAUUGCCAAUAAAAACAAUAGUAAGCCAUUUCUACAAAGAUUGGAUGCUGCCAAGACCCUGAGCUGCAGCCACUUGUUUACUAAAAAUUUUGAUAAAAUAUCACAACAAGCCCAAGAUUUUAUACUCAUGCAGUUAAAAAUGGCAAAUAAAAAGAAGAAGGCAAUGAGAUAUACCACCAAUGAAAAGCAUUUAGCUUUGACCCUAAUGAAGCAAAGCCCAAAAGCAUAUAGAUUACUACAGAAAAUAUUUAAUUUGCCUAGUAAAAGAACACUAAACCGUCUGGCUGAAAAUAUAAUGUUCAAAGUAGGGCUAAAUGACAAUAUUUUUAGAGUACUACAGCACAAAACUCGGAAAUGGGACACAAAGAAGAAACUGUGCUCUAUUUUAUUUGAUGAAGUGUCUCUUACACCUCAUCUCACUUAUGUCGAGUCCCAAGAUGAGAUAAGAGGCUUUAAAGAUUUUGGAUAUGAAAGAGAACUAAGGUUUUGUGAUCACGCCUUAGUGUUAAUGUUAAAAGGAGUGUGCUCAAACUGGAAACAGCCUAUUUGUUUUUAUUUUUGUGAGGGCACAACUGCAGCUGCUACUGUAGUGAGAAUUUUAAAAGAAGUGGUCACUAGAGUGUCAGAGUCAGGCUUGAUACCUUUAGCCAUUGUGUGUGACCAGGGCUCUACAUUUAGAACAGCCAUAAAUAUGCUGAAAUUGGAAACUGAACGCAAAAGGAUUUCAAAUGAGGAAUCUAAUGAUGGAACUAUUGAGAUUUCAGGACUACCGUUAAGUGUAGUAUAUGAUCCUCCGCACCUACUUAAGGGCCUUCGAAACAACCUUCUCACUAAAGACAUGCUCUUCAAAGGCAAAGUUGCCACUUGGAAAGACAUAGAAUCUGUAUUUGACGCUGAUUGCCAACUAGGUCACACUAGAAUGCAUAAAAAGUUAACAGAGCACCAUGUUUAUGCAGCGAAAAUGAAGAAAAUGAAAGUUAGUGUAGCUGCUCAAACGCUGAGUGCAACAACCAGUGGAAUGCUUAAAUACACUGCAUUGUUUCAAACUACAGCUUCGGGUUCAAAGGUCAGUGAGACAAUGGCCACAACAGGCGAAGCUGUUGAGUUUAUCGACAAGCUCUUCGAUAGUGUAAAUGGAUCUCGAGGGAGCGCUGUUCGGGGCAAACUGCGCAGGCCGAUAAAGCCAAGCGAUCAACAACACUUCAAUUUUUGGUCCGAAGCGAAGCAAAUAUUGAAAAAUAUUGAGUUUAUUGACAAACACAGUAAGAAAGCCCGCAAAAAUAAUAAGGCCUAUAAUGUAAGAGUUCCUUCACUUAAUGGAUGGGUCACAACUUUAGAAAGUUUUGAAAGGUUAUCUAAACUAUUGUUUGAGAAAUAUCACUUACAGUAUUUUUAUCCCAGAAAUAUUAAUCAAGAUCCUCUUGAGAAUUUUUUUGGUCGGAUCAGAGCCAUUAAUCACAGGAACGUUAAUCCUGAUGCCAACACGUUCAUGAAUGCAUUCAAGUCGUUAUUAAUGUCAAACGUUAUGGGUCCUCAUUCAAUAUAUGCCAACUGUGAGGAUGACACUGGAGACACGGUAGUCGAUUUUGUAAAACUGAUGUGCUCAUCAAAUGUUGAUGAGAGUUCCUCAUCAACAUUUGAUGAGGAUAAAGAAAACUCUAUGAUAUGUAGACCCAUAACUGUGACGCAAAACAUCAGCAAUAAUAGCAACCAAUCGCUAAAUCCAGCAAAUGAAAGAUUGCGUGUGCACUCUUCUGCAUAUACAGCUGGGUAUUUGUGCAGAAGAGUGACAAAAAAAUUUAAGUGUAGAGAAUGCUCUGAGACCUAUACCCAGACAAAAAUAGAUGUUUUUCAUAAAUGGAUCGAACAACGGGAAUAUAACCUUUUAAAACAUCGCAAUUUAGCCUAUCCAUCAAAGAAAUUUUUAAUUUUAUAUAGAGACAUCUCCGGCCUUAUCCAUGAUAAUUUGAACAAAUAUGCUCACAAAAAAUGUGUAAAAAAACAUUUAAAAUUAGAUAUAUUAAAGAAAUUUAAUGUAAAUUGGUUGGGGUGUACACAACAUAACACAGAAGUACAGGAAUGGUUUCUCAAUUUAAUCAUACGCAUGCAUGUGCAUGUGCACAAUUGGUGCAACAUAUUAAAUAAAAUUUUAAAAGGUGGUAUACAAGAAAAACUUGUAAAGAGGAUGUGUGCACCCCAACUAAUAGCCUUUGAAAAAUAUAAAGCCCUUAGGUUAAGAGGAAAAAAAUAAAGAUCAAUAAGUAA